AAAAAAAGUUCCAAGUCACUCCAGACUGAGAAAUUGAGAAUACAGAAUAAUAAAUUUUUCCUAUUAAUUAGUUCUGUUUGGCUUAAAGCAAAUUCUCAGUUACUUCUCUGAACUAGGGAGUAGGGAAUUACGACCUUAUAAGACGACAACUCGCAAACAGGGCAUGCAUAGAUGCAUGCGCAGAAUAAAUAGGCCCGUUGACUAUAGGGAAAAAGAAAAACACAAACUUUGAGAAUUAUUGGUACUAGAACUGUCUUUUGCCUAAAUAACAUCAGCUCAGUCUUGGUGUGUGAAUGCAAUGAUGGCAUCUUCUACACCAAGCUCCAUAGAGCACACCAUGCUCGCUGCCUCAGAACAACUACAAGUACCCAGUAAUAUUACGAAGUUUAAGAUUGGCCUUUGUCAGCUAUCUGUUACAUCAGAGAAGAAUCAGAAUCUGGCCUGUGCUCGUAAUUCGAUUAAAGCUGCUGUAGAGUGCGGUGCAAGGCUUGUUGUUUUACCUGAAAUGUGGAACUGUCCUUAUUCAAAUGAUUACUUUGCAAAAUUCGCUGAGGAUUUUGAGAAUGAGGAUGCCUCACCAACGUUUUCCAUGUUAUCCGAAGCUGCUUGUUCUCAUGGAAUCACAAUUGUUGGUGGAUCUGUGCCUGAAUCCAGUGAUGGCCAAUUGUAUAAUACUAGCUGUGUAUUUGGACCUGAUGGAAAGCUCAAGGCAAAGCAUAGAAAAAUUCAUUUGUUUGAUAUUGAAAUUCCAGGAGAUAUUACAUUCAAGGAAUCUGACUUCUUUGCGGCAGGAGAUAAACCAACCAUUGUGGACACAGAUGUUGGCCGUAUUGGAAUAGGAAUUUGUCAUGAUAUACGCUUCCCUGAGCUUGCUGCAUUAUAUAGAGCAAAAGGUGCUCAUAUAAUAUGCUAUCCUGGCGCCUUUAACAUUAGCACUGGUGAAUUGUUAUGGGAAGUGAUGCAGAGAGCAAGAGCAGCAGAUAACCAGUUGUUUGUAGCUACUUGCUCACCCUCUCGAGAUUCUAGUGGUAGCUAUGCAAUAUGGGGCCACUCUACCCUUACCGGACCGUCUGGUGAGAUAAUUGCAACCUCAGGGCAUGAAGAGACUGUGGUAGUUGCUGAGAUUGAUUAUUCCAAAAUUGAACUCCAACGGAAAGGCCUUCCACUUGACAAGCAAAAGAGGGCUGAUAUUUACCUGUCUUGAUGGACAUGUAGGACAAAAGCCUUGAAAGGGUGGACCUUAUGACAACAUUCAGCAUUCAUUUCCAAAACUCUCCAUUUAGUGUCUCUAAAUUUUUCUUGGAUUGGAUGUAAUACUCAUGAUAAUUACUGGAAUUUGCCCUUUGAAGGUGCUCGUACAUGUGUUAAAAGACCUUUUUUCCUUUUUUAUUUUUUUAAAGAAGUCUUCUUUGUGUGAUAAUCAUAGUUGCUAUUUGCUAGUAAACAACUCCCUCUCCAUUACCUUUGUAGUUACGAAUAAUUAAUCUUUAAAAGAUUGGUAUGUGUCUUUUACCAAAAGCAAUU